AUGGAGGAGUCAGAAAGGCCCACCAAGCUGCGCAAGCUCAGUCACGACAAUGCUGGGCCACAAGGGGUAGAGCAGUCACCGACCCAGCCACAGCAUGACGCUAUGAGCGGCAAUGGCCAGGUCUCCAAAAUGGCCGACCAAGAAAAGCCCAGCCAAGCCGGUGAGCAGCGUUCAGAGCCAGUGGCAAAGGACGAAAGUGACGGUGAUGACGGCGGUGUGAUAUUGCCAACACCGAGCAUCAUGGCUCCCCGUGCAACGGAGAUACCGGGCACUUCUACCGACCCACCAAUCUCCAAGAACGCAUUAAAGAGGCUCAAAAAGAAAGCCGAAUGGGAGGCAAAACGAGAGGACCGCAAAGUUCUUCGCAAAGACAAACUCCACAAGAAACGCGAACGCCAAAAGGCUGAGAAGCAACAGAAGAUUGCUGAAGGUGUCCCUCCCCCAGUCAAGCAAAAGCGUGAGAAGGCCGAUCAACUUCCGGUGACCGUUAUCAUUGACUGCGAUUUCGAUGAGCUCAUGCAUGAUGGAGAACGGAUCUCGCUUGCUAGUCAGAUCACGAGAUGCUACUCUGACAAUAAGAACUCCACAAAGCGCGCUCACAUUACCAUUGCCAGCUUCAAAGGUGAGCUUCGCAAGCGGUUCGAUACUGUACUGGAGCGCAACUAUGACUCCUGGAGAGGCGUGAGGGUGUUUGACGAGAACUUCUUGGAGACCGCUGAGAAAGCGAAGGAAUGGAUGGCGGCUGAAGACGGUGGAGUGAUGACAGGCUCAUUCUCGAAGUAUGCUAAUCUCGAUGACGACGCAUUGCAAAAGCUCAAGGACGAAGGCGAGGUGGUGUACUUGUCGUCUGAAGCUGACGAGGAUUUGAUGGAGCUCAAGCCCUUCAGCACGUACAUCAUCGGCGGGCUUGUGGACAAGAACCGUGAGAAGGGCAUUUGCCAUAAAAGGGCAACGAAGGCUGGUGUGAGGACUGCGAAGCUGCCGAUCGGAGAGUACAUGGAGCUGCAGAGCCGAAAGGUGCUGGCUACGAACCAUGUGAAUGAGAUCAUGGUGAAGUGGCUGGAGUGUGGUGACUGGGGCGAAGCUUUCAUGAAGGCUAUACCGAAGCGAAAGGGCGGGAAGUUGAGAGGUGAAAACGAUGAAGAUGACCAGAAUGGGGCAUCUGCAGAGCAGGCGGAGGGCGAACACGAAGCGGUCGAACAGACGUCGAGUGCGAACUGA